AUGAAAAAAAAUAAAGAACAGAAAAAAAUCAAUAAGAUUUUAUAGCAUAAUGAAUUAUUAGCUAAAAAAGGAUUAGUUCUGAGGGAAAUGGAGUCAGAUGGAAAUUGUUUGUUUAGAUCUGUUGCUGAUUAGCUGUAUGGAGACUAAUCCUUGCAUUCUGACAUCAGAAAAUAUGUGAUUGAGUAUUUAAAAAUAGAGAAGCCAUAUUUUAUAAAUUUUAUAGCUGAGAUGGAGGAAAACUCUAAAAAAGGCAAAAGAAAGAAAUAAAAAAUAAAAUAAAAAUAGGAAAAGCAGUAGAAAGAGAACGAAUAAAUUGAGAAAUAGGUAGAGAUAGAACCAAAAAAUGAAUUAGAUUUGCUUUUUGAUAAAUAUGUAUAAGAAAUGUCUGAAAAUGGAACAUGGGGAGAUAACAUCGAAAUAUAGAUAAUAAGCGAGAUAUAUCAGAGGAGUGUAGAAAUUUAUGUUGCAUUCUAAGAAACUCCAAUGAGGACCUUCCACGAAAAUCAAGACAAAUUUAAAGUUAAUGAGCCUAUUAGGCUUUCUUAUCAUGGAGAAUGCCAUUAUAAUUCUAUAAAAUCUCUCAACCAUGAAAAACUUAUUCAAGAAAAAAUAGGUGUAGUAGAAGAAGAAUCAAUACAUAAUGCUAGAAAUAGACUAAAAAACUUAAGCUCAAAAUUAAAUGAUAAUGGAGACAGCUUGCUUUAAAAUUUUUAUAAUUCAUGUAGAUCUUAAUUUUAACUUUAUGAUAACGAAGAACUAUAUAAUAGGUUUAUUUCUUAGCAAUCAGAAUAAUAAUUAAAUGAAAACGCUUAAUCAAAUGAAGGCUAUUAAAUGAGUUAUAUAUAUCAAUCAGAGCUUCUUAAUCACUAAAAUGACAAUUAAGAUUUAGCAUUACAAAUAGCUAUUGAAGAGAGUAAAUAUCUAAUGGAUUAAAUGAAAAUCUAAGAUAAUGAUCAAAAUAAUAAUAAUAGUAAUAAUCAUGAAGAUAAUUCUUAGCAAAAAUAAAAUCUGAUAGAAGAAAUUCCUGAUAAUAAAAUUAAAGAACUAUAAUUCUAAUAACCAAACGAUCAAAUAAAUCAAAUUGACUAUGAAAAAAUAAUAGUAAUCAACUCUGUAGUUAAUGCUGGUUUUUCAAAGGAACAAGCAGAAUAAGCGAUGCAAAUCGUGGGCCCUAACGAAGACCUCAUUGUAAAUUACAUUAUUGAAAAUAUGAUGUGA